AUGGACGAAAAGCCCCACGCUUCUGGCCAGAGAAGGUCAGCUGAGAUCAACCAAGCCUCCCCCAUAUUGCUGCAGGAGCUAGAGCCAUCUCCUAUUGAGUGGUCUCCGGACUUAGAAUUGGGAGAAUACUUCCCCAACACCCGUAGCGGCAGUGAAGGCAGAUGCAAUUGCAGAUACAACCCAUUCCGAUAUCUAAAUCUGGGUCUGGGACUAAGCGGAAGGGGUUGGGAAUACUGGCUAUCUAUCCUCCAAAGAACCUCGACCUAUCCGCCCACUAUCUUUCUAGGGCUACAUCUUUCAAACACUUCCAUAAUCCCUCUCUUCACAGGCUCUGUGCCCUCUGCGGAACCAUUCCUCCUCCUGACCCGCCCACUAUACCAAUCCCCAGCCCUAGAACCCCUCCUCCUUACUAUUCCGGUACUCACCCACCUCGCCUCCGGUGUAGCCCUGCGUAUCCUUCGUGCCAGACGCCGUACUCGCCUUUACGGCGCCGAGACACACGAACAGCGUAAUGAAAUUCGCUCUUCCGGAAACUGGAAAUACCCUAGCGUCCAGGCGCGGCUGGGGUAUAUGCUCUUGCCUCUACUAGCAUCGCACGUGCUUGUUAACCGGGUUGUGCCUCUCUAUGUGGACGGGGGCAGUUCGGGGGUUGGAUUGGGAUUUGUGGCUCAUGGCAUUGCAAGGUCACCGUGGCUCAUGAAUCUGGGGUACGCGGCGUUUGUGGGGGUAGGUGUUUGGCAUUUUGCUUGGGGGUGGGCAUGGUGGAUGGGGUAUAAGCGGGAGGUGGCGGAGACCGGUAAGGGGAAGGGAAAGAGGGUUGGGAGGAGCACCGGGCCUAACGGCGGUUUUCUGGGAUCAUUUGAAACAGGAGGCGAGUUUAGAAGAAGGUCGAGGAAGGUAAGGUGGAUUAUCAAUGGGAUUGCGGCGGUGGGAGCUGGGUUGUGGCUGGCAGGUGGUUUGGGGGUUGUGGGACGGGAAGGGCUGGGGAGUGGUUGGGAAGCGAGUGGUUGGGAUAAAGUUUAUAGAGAGAUACCAGUGCUGAGCCGGGUUUUCGGGUUGCAAUGA